UGGAAGAAACGCUGGUUUAUCCUGCGGAGUGGCCGGAUGAGCGGUGACCCAGAUGUGCUGGAGUAUUACAAGAAUGAUCACUCCAAAAAGCCCCUGAGGAUUAUCAACCUGAACUUCUGUGAGCAGGUAGAUGCAGGCCUCACCUUCAACAAGAAGGAGCUGCAGGAUAGUUUUGUGUUUGAUAUUAAGACCAGCGAGCGAACCUUUUACCUGGUGGCUGAGACCAAAGAGGACAUGAAUAAGUGGGUCCAGAGCAUCUGCCAGAUCUGUGGCUUCAAUCAGGCUGAAGAAACCACAGACUCUCAGAGAAACAUCUCAGCCAGCCAUGGCCCACGCUCUUCACCAGCUGAGCUCAGCAGCUCCAGUCAGCACCUACUCCGAGAACAAAAGUCCUCCACCCCCUCACACUCCAGCCAGCCAACUCUGUUCACGUUUGAGCCUCCUAUGUCAAACCACAUGCAGCCCCCCUUGUCCACCAGCGCACCUCAGGAGUAUCUCUACUUGCACCAGUGCAUAAGCCGGAGAACAGAAAACGCAAGGAGUGCCAGCUUUUCUCAGGGCACAAGGCAGAAAAGUGACACAGCCGUGCAGAAACUUGCCCAGGGCAAUGGACACUGUGUCAACGGGGUCAGUGGUCAAGUCCAUGGCUUCUACAGCCUUCCCAAGCCAAGCCGGCACAAUACAGAAUUCAGAGACAGUACCUAUGACCUCCCCCGGAGCCUGGCCUCCCAUGGCCGCACCAAGGGCAGCCUCACGGGGUCUGAGACGGAUAAUGAAGAUGUGUAUACUUUCAAGACACCCAGCAACACACUGUGCAGGGAGUUUGGGGACCUCCUGGUUGACAAUAUGGAUGUUCCAACUACUCCACUCUCAGCCUACCAGAUCCCUAAGACAUUCACGCUGGACAGGAACCACAAUGCCAUGACAAUGGCCACUCCUGGGGAGUCAGCCAUAGCUCCUCCUCCUCGGCCUCCCAAGCCAAGUCAGGCAGAAACACCUCGAUGGGGAAGCCCUCAGCAGAGACCCCCAGUCAGUGAAAACAGAUCUGUUGCUGCCACCAUCCCCAGACGCAACACACUCCCAGCAAUGGACAACAGCCGACUCCACCGAGCUUCUUCCUGUGAGACCUAUGAGUACCCUCCCCGUGGUGGGGAGAGUUCGGGCCAGUCUGCUGAGUACACGAGUGAGGGAAUGACUUCUUUCCUGGCAGGAAAAACUGCUGCGGGUCGAUCAGACAGUACCAGUUCUGAAGACACCUAUGUGUCCAUGAACCCAGGUUCUUCCACCCUGCUGGCCAUGGAGCGGGCAGGUGAUAAUUCUCAGAGUGUCUACAUCCCCAUGAGCCCGGGGCCACAUCCCUUUGACCCACUUGGCUACUCAUCAACAGCCCUUCCUGUGCACAGAGGCCCUGGCCGAGGAAGUGAGAUCCAGCCACCCCCAGUCAACCGCAACCUCAAGCCUGACCGGAAAGCCAAGCCAACACCACUUGACCUAAGAAACAAUGCUGUCAUCGAUGAGCUCCCCUUCAAGUCACCUGUCACCAAGUCUUGGUCCAGGGCCAACCACACCUUCACCUCCAGCUCCUCCCAGUACUGCCGCCCCAUUUCCACCCAGAGCAUCACAAGCACAGACUCAGGAGAUAGUGAGGAGAAUUACGUCCCUAUGCAAAACCCAGUGUCUGCAUCUCCCGUUCCCAGUGGCACCAACAGUCCAGCCCCCAAGAAGAGCACAGGCAGUGUCGAUUACCUGGCUCUGGACUUCCAGCCGGGCUCCCCCAGCCCCCACCGAAAGCCAUCCACAUCAUCUGUCACUUCGGACGAAAAAGUGGACUAUGUCCAGGUGGACAAAGAGAAGACCCAGGCCCUGCAGAACACCAUGCAGGAGUGGACAGAUGUGCGGCAGUCCUCAGAGCCUUCCAAGGGUGCCAAGCUGUGACAUGGGGGCCACCAAGCCCACAGAGGAGACGGGAGGCAGCGUCUCUGAACUGGCUUCUCCCUAUCUCCUCUCCCUCCACUUUUCACUCCACUCUGCCAUUCUUGGCCUUCAAAGCAUUUAACAUCAGGGACCUUCACCUUUUCCGUGGGAAGGGCGGGCCUGAUGGGGGCAUUUCCUCUGCCCCUCGGAGCCCGUGUGACUUACCAGUACUGGCCGUGCCUCCACCCACCUUAGUUAGGAGCUGUUGCCAAAAAGCUUCUGCCUGUCCUCAAGACCUGUCUACCAGAUGCUUGGAGGAGGAGAGCACUGGGGCUCUGAGCCAGACUCCACACCUCACGUGGUCACAGCCCCCACCAUCUUCCCUCCACCACCUUUGGGCUACCUCCCCUUCAGUCCCAAGGAGGACAAGCCAGGGAGCCCAAGACCAGCAGACCAAAGUGAACAUGGACUUUUUUCAGCCCUGUUUUUCUUGACAGGAGAGAAACAAGGCCACCAAGAGA